AUGCCUGAAGGCAAUGUCACUGCAAGACAGACACUAGAGGAAAAGACCCCAGACAACACUAAUGCAAGUGUACCUGAACCCACUUUAAAGGAAAACUCCUUAGCCCCUAUCGAGACAGGAGUAAUCCCCCACGCCGUAGUAACCCUAGCCAGCCAUUCCAUCCAGAUAACAACCGCCACCAACACCACAGAUGCGACCAUCUUUUUCCACACUGGGGAGUCCUAUGAACAGGUCAAUACCAAAGGCUGGACACCUGACACCGUUGCAAUCCUCCUGAAGCUCAGUGACCAGCUGGCAUGCCGUCCCCCACCCCCAAAAAUCAGCCCAACGUCCCCGUACACUGAUGAGGACGUCUUUAUGGCUAAGCACCCAAAUCUCCCUGAUGAACCGAGCACUCCUAAAAAGCCCAUGACAAUGAAAUCCGCAGAGGCAGCACGUGCACGAGCCUACCCCACCACCUUCCUGGUUUACAACCUCUCCCAAAAAGCCGCCAACACCCUCAUCGACAAACAAAUCUGGUCAGCGGAGCACAUCACCUUCCAAACACUAUCGCUCAAUAUGAACAUCCCCUUCUUACUCUUCACACUAGUGGGCUUUACUACCAACGACCCCUAG